AUGGACUCCAAAGGCUCAUCAAUUGCUCUUUUCAUUUGCAUUAGCCUUCUGUUCUUUUCCCUUACAAGUGGCUGUUUUACUUGUAAUGAACCAAAGCCAAACCCCACCCCGGUUAAGGGAACUUGCCCUAGAGAUGCUCUAAAACUAGGCAUUUGUGCCAAGCUACUCAAUGGCAGCGUUGGAACAACAAUUGGAAGCCCACCGGACCAUCCUUGCUGCUCGGCGCUUGGUGGCCUUCUGGAUCUUGAAGCUGCGGUUUGCCUUUGUACUGCGUUGAAAGCAAAUAUUCUUGGCAUUAACAUUAACAUUCCUAUUUCUUUGAGUUUGCUUAUUAACACUUGUGGGAAAACACUCCCUGAGGAUUUCAUUUGUGCUUAA